CUGAUCUUGUCAAUAUUGCGAACAUCUGGCAUUGUUACAAGGUGUAUAAACGGUGUAAUCAAACAAUAAAACAUUAAUAUCAUAACACAUACAUGCAAUUAUAGGACAGUUUAUAAAGAUGAAUUAAGUGGAAAAGAGUGAUUUUGUACACAAAUCAUAUAUUGUUAAUUCAUUUCAACACACGAAACAUCACAAAUGUCGUCUCCUGGACCUGAAGCGAUAUCGAUUUCAGUUAACACGAAAGAAAAUGUAUGGAGAGUUCCACAACACGGCGAUAACAUGACACACCAUGAAGGGAAUAUAAAGAUUUUGAGAGUACGAAUUGUAUCAGGAACUAUUCCAAGACAAAGUUUUUUCACCGAAACUUAUUAUAUGCGAAUAUCGCUGAAGGAGAACAGACAGGCAACAGAAAUACAUACCGAAAAAGAAAGUAUCAAACAGACAGGGAACAACCCAAACUGGGAUGAGGAGUUUUUAUUCAGGGUGGAUCCUAGAAAAGAAUAUAUAUUACGGUUUGAAGUGUUUAAAGCAUGUACAGUGUAUACAUACCUGGAAAUCCCAUUGAAUCAUACAAGUAUAGAUAUUGAACGACCAGGCAGAGAUGUUGCCAGUAAAGAAUAUACUCUUACACCUAAAGGACAGCUGCAGUUAUAUCUGGCUUAUGUUGGUAAUGAAGAAGAGAUUGAGACUUCAAAUGAAAAUCCUUCAGCCCCUCAAGAGGGUAGGGGUGAUACAUAUGACGAUAAAGAUGACGCUAUAGAUAACAAAUUUGAAGACUGGGAUCCAAACACACAAUAUCUCAUGGACACUAAUGAUGAUGGCAAAGAAGAAUUAACUAUCGAUUUUGAGGAAGAAGUCAUUGAUGAUGAGGAGAUACACAAGGACGUGCUAGACAAGUCAGUUUUGGAAUGUUUGAAUCCUGAACCAAUUCUCGAUAGAUUACAAGCGAAUGCCGAUAUCCCUUACACCGAUGUUCGUGAUAUUAGGGAUGAAGAAUGUGCUGAAACAAGGCAAAAACAUUUGUUUCAAAACGUAUGUGACGAAGAAACAACUGAAGACAAAGAAGAAAUAUCAGACAGUUUGAAUGAAAAAGAAGAUGAUAAACAGGAGACAAGAAAAGACACAGAGAAGUCACAUACGCGCGUGCUGAAUAGAUCAAUAUCAACAAUUAAAGAAAGUAUGAAUCCUGAACCAAUAUUAGAUAGUUUGAUACAGGACGAAGUUUUCCAGAAUACUGUCAUACGUGAUAUCAUGGAACAAACAACUACAACGAAGAAGAACGAAGCAAUUAUAGAAAAGGUCAGACAAAACGGCACCGAUGUAUAUAAACUUUUCAAAAAAUACCUUGGAAAAAGCCAACAGUAUCUUUUACUGAAGUUUAUUGAAAAUACUGAAAGAGGGGAAGAAACAACAGACAUACAAAACGAAUUGAAGGAACAGACUAGACGAAGAUUAAAAGAAAUUCGACAUCAAAAAUCAAUUGAGGAAACGUCUGUCAAUUUAGUGGAGGAACAAUUGGUCAUUUCCAUUCAAAAUGGAAAGAAAUUCGAAGGAACACAAGAUAUAGAGGAGAAAUUGGGUAUAUACACUUCAUCUAAACCUAGCUCAGAGGAAUGCUGCAAUGUAGUUAAAUGCAUUUUUGAAGGGUCAAUGGAAAAGUAUUCAGAUCAACUAAUCAAAGCAGUUAAAGAUAUAUCCUCUAUUAUGAACGUAGAGGUCAAAGCAGCAUCUGUGGAUAAAGAUAAUACUGUUGUAAUGACUAUGGCGUGUGCGUCUUGUAAAGAAAUAAGAAUGCUGUUACAGACACUGAAAGGGAAUGAAUUUAAAUCAAAAAUAGAAAACCUUAAAACUGCUCUCUGUAAAGAGUACGAAAUUGUCUGCGUCAUUCAUGCCAAAGUAUCACAUGAAAAGAUAAAGGAAGUGCAACAACAUUUGAUGGAACAGGGUGUCAUAAAUGAAACACACGCCGACGAUUUAUUCUGCGAAAAUCAUCCCCAGCAACAGGCUGAGCUGUUUUGUCCCGAACAUGAUAAGUUUGUUUGUCAUAAAUGCGAAGAAAAGCAUAGAAUGUGCCAGGGUGUAAGACAAAGAACAAAGGAUGUUAGCACAAAAAUAUACAGGAUCAGAAGUGAUGAACCGGCACAUAUAUUGUGUACUACAAUGAAACUUUGUACACUACCUUCAGGUGAGAUUCUGCUCAUCGAUAAUGUAAAUAAUAAGUUGAAGAAACUUGAUUUGACCUAUAACGUUGUAGGCCAAUAUACGUUUGAUCAGUUGGAAAAAACCUUUGACAUUUGUGCAAUUAAUGCCACAAAAGCCUUUGUUGCCUUUGGCAACCAGGUUUGUGUUGUUAGUGUUGGGGAUAUUGAUAUUCAGGUAGAGAAGUUUUUCAAAACAAAGGCCCCUUGUUUUCGCUUAUACAGUAAAGACAGUGCCAUAUACUAUACCGACAACCUGUCAAUCUAUACGUGUGAUGAAAACGGAGACAAUAAUAAAAAUUUACACAAGUUUAGGCAGGAAACUUUAUGUUAUGCCUUAGUUGUUAGUGAUGACAGAAGUAAGAUUGUUGUGGCUGCUGGAGUGGUUGGUCUUAUUAUAAUUGAUGCGAACAACCAAAAUCGGUCGACAGUAACACUACAGGAAUUACAGGGUUGUACUGAUCUAUGCAUAGUAAACAAUCAAAUGCUUCUCGUGUGUGCGUCUAACACGUUAUAUCUAGUAGAUAUCGAACUUGGAAAGGUAUUGAAACAAGCUGCAAUUGGGUUGCGCUGCCCUAGGUCGUUUGCCUUUGACGUUAUAGACAAUUCGGUGAUCGGUGGCAAUCUAGGAAAUGAUUUCAUUUCAGUAUUUAAUGCAAAUAUUGAGUAUGAUGCUACGUAAGACGUAAUGGGUAUUCAGGCUGCAAUAAAGCGCCUGCGUAUGAACUGAAAUAACCAUGUGUCAUCUUUUGUUUAAUUUAGUCUUUUAUGACAAGUAUUUACUUCAACCGAUUUGCUGUGAUAUAUAGUACAUACAAAAUAUCUUUAUUGUAAUCAUUAAAACAUUUGAGAUUGUUGAUCUUAGUUUAUGUGUACACUCAUCUUCUGGUUGUCGCUUACAUUUGUUUGUGAAGACAACCCAUUUCUGUUAAGUAUUCUUGUUUUUUUAAACAUUUUGUGUCAUAAAUAUUAUAAUAUCAUAUAAUUAAGCGAUUAUACUACUGAUUUUGUUUGGCAAAGAAAUUUGUUUUGUGUGGUUAUUAGGCUAUUCAUAGUUUGAAAAUAUAAUAAUAAUUACAACUGUAUCAUCGAAUAAAACAUUUCCAUUUGAAUAGUUGGACAGUUAAUUUAGUUACACAGUUAGUUUAACCCAUUACUUCAUGGGCAUUUUGUGAAAAAUGGCUGUUUUCAUUGAAAAGUCUCCCGUUACAAGUUCAAAUUGCUAUAAUACUAUAAAAACCGCUUCAACACUAAUCAAACUUGGCACAAAUGUUGACUGGACCAUUGCCCUUGCAACAACAUGCUCAGACAUAAAUUUUCUGUUACCAUGGCAACGAGGGGACAUCUCAAAAUUGCCAAAAAUCACUAUUUUGCGUUGAUUUUAUCCUUCAUAAUUGAUUUCAAAGUGCUGCAACUUCUCAAUGGAUUGAGAUAGAGUCAAAUGCUUUUCAGCGUUGGUUACACGUUACCUUAUGAUCAAUCUGGGGUCAUUUAUAGCCUCUCACAAGACCAAAAUUUUCUUGGCGAUGAGGGGGACUCCGCCCCCCUUCAAACCCCCCAAACAGAAGGGGGCACAACCCCCUUCUGGCAACCCCCUGAUGUAUCUUUUGCUUUGGGGGCCGCGCCGAAAAAGUGGUCACUUUUUUUAACAACAUUUCUCAAACAAAAACAAGUGUUAGGGGCCUAAAUAAGGCAUUUUGUCACUAUUUGAGACAACAAAAGGGGGGGGGGGUGAAAAAGGCGUUAAAAGGCGUGUAUAUGAAGUAAUGGGUUAACAGAAUAUGAUGAAAAUACUUGAAAUUGCCCUAAAACGCGUUUUUCCAUGUUUAAACAUGGCCUGUCAUAUAAAUUUGAAGAAAAAUUGUUGUUUGGUAGAUUUUUUUUGUUUUUUUCAUUAACCCAUUACUUCAUGGGCAUUUUGUGAAAAAUGGCUGUUUUCACUGAAAAGUCUCCCGUUACAAGUUCAAAUUUCUAUAAUACUAUAAAAACUGCUUCAACACUAAUCAAACUUGGCACAAAUGUUGACUGGACCAUUGCCCUUGCAACAACAUGCUCAGACAUAAAUUUUCUGUUACCAUGGCAACGAGGGGACAUCUCAAAAUUGCCAAAAAUCACUAUUUUUUUUGCGUUGAUUUUAUCCAUCAUAAUUGAUUUCAAAGUGCUGCAACUUCUCAAUGGAUUGAGAUAGAGUCAAAUGCUUUUCAGCGUUGGUUACACGUUACCUUAUGAUCAAUCUGGGGUCAUUUAUAGCCUCUCACAAGACCAAAAUUUUCUUGGCGAUGAGGGGGACUCCGCCCCCCUUCAAACCCCCCAAACAGAAGGGGUCACAUCCCCCUUCUGGCAACCCCCUGAUGCAUCUUUUGCUUUGGGGGCCGCGCCAAAAAAGUGGUCACUUUUUUUAACAACAUUUCUCAAACAAAAACAAGUGUUAGGGGCCUAAAUAAGGCAUUGUUUCACCAUUUGAGACAACAAAAAGGGGGUGGGGGUGAAAAGGGCGUUAAAAGGCGUGUAUAUGAAGUAAUGGGUUAAUCAGUAUAUUUACUUAUCUUGCAAACAUAUUUUAAUGUUUUAUAUGAUUCAUUUUUGUUUUAAAAUUCAAUAUUCUAUUCUUGUGUGUUUUAUGAAUGACAUAUUUAUUCAUUGUUGACAAUUUGGUGGUAUAUUUUCAUAAUAACAUUAUAAGAAAAGAAAUGUUUUGUAGUCCGCUACCGGUUUAACCUCUGUUCGUCUGCCUGACCGUCUGUUUGCAUUGCAUCACAGGGAAAGUGGGCCAUUUAACUUUAAAUAAAACCAAAAAGAACACGAUAGUUCGUUCCGUAACAAAAGAUUGGGUACAAUGUCACUCUUUUAAACAAAACAAGAAUGAUUAUUUGUUAUAACUCUGGUCUUUACUUUCAUGACUUUUCGUCUCCAUGUUUCUUAAUUUCACAUAAGUCAGUUGUGUGGAGAUUCAAUAAUCUUGCUUGAUUAUUUCCAGAAUAAUGGCGUUCUUGAACUUGAAAUUAUUAUGUUUAACUGUAAUUUCAUUUCUUAAAGGGUUAACUUUAAUAUUUGAAAGCCCACAUCAUAAUAAUAUGACAAAGUUAAUAAAUCUUACGUCCAUAUUUCCAUAAUAAACCCCCCUUAAACUUUGAUGUAUCCUAUUUUACUCUAUAACUUUCUUAUUUCUUCAUGGUUUUGCAUUUAAUUCUAAAUAUAUGUUCAUUAUCAACACCUACAUCAUCUGUAAUAAUAUUUAUUAGUCUAGCAUCUGGAAUUCUAUGAUUAUUUUCAUUAUGAACUUGGAAUAAGUUUGAAAUUUCUUUCAUUUUUCAACUUUUCUGCUCUGUUACUAUAAAUGGUACUUACUUUACACUUAAGAAAUUGUUCUUUGUCAUCGCUAAUAUCAUGUAUGAAAAUGUUCAUUAGUGUAGAAUCUUUGUUCAAGAGUUAAUUCCUCUUUAUUUUAAAAACUUUGAUGAAAAUAUGUUAUAGUUUGGUUACAACCAAGGAUGUUUAAAUAUUGGCAAUUGAUCUGUCAGUCUUUCUGUCUGUCCGUCUCUAAAAUUCUUUUCGUCUUUUAAAAAUCUUGGAAAUGUUUCAACAAAAUUUUAUAAAAUAGAGGUGAAUUGAAAUAUUACAUAUACAUCUUAAGAAAAUAUAUAUUGGAUCUUUUGAUGACCUGUUGUAUAAACAUUACUUCCUAUUUAGGCAGGGACAUUUCAACACCUUAAUAAAACACAGACAAACUAUGAACUCAAGAAGUCAUCCAUGUCUUCCACAAUGGCAUCAUUGAAUGUCCAUGACCCUUCUGAAUGUUGCUGACAUAUUUCUUGUAGGGUUCGAGCCGUUAUGGGACUUUUUGUUUUGCUUUUAAGCUUUUAUAAUUGCUUGUUUUAUUUUUAAAUGAAUGAUUAUAAAAUUGCCUAUAAUCACACAUAUUACUAAAUUAUAUCAACACUAUAAAGGGAAGAUACUCUGCUUUAAGCUAUUGAACCAGACCAAUGAAUCAUUCCCCUUGGAUUGAAAAUUUAUAAGUAAUAUGAAAUAGCUGGCGUUUUAUUAUGUAUAAUAAGUUAAUUCUGGCAAGAUUAUUUGUGUUAAAUAACAUGAAUGGAAAUGUUU